UUAUAACCUAAUAUUUUUAAUCAUAAACAAAAAUAAUACAAAUAUUCAGCAUAAAAUAAAUUUAAUAUGAGCUUACCUACUGAUUUUGGACCUGAUUCAGGCGGUAGAAUGAAGGGUAUUUGUAUAGUGAAACCUCUUGUGUAUGGUAAUAUAGCUAGAUAUUUUGGAAAAAAACGGGAGGAAGAUGGACAUACUCACCAAUGGACAGUUUAUGUAAAACCUUAUAAUAAUGAAGAUAUGUCAACUUACAUAAAAAAAGUUCAAUUUAAAUUGCAUGAGAGCUAUGCAAACCAAAACAGAAUAGUUGUUAAACCACCCUACGAAUUGAGUGAAACUGGAUGGGGGGAGUUUGAAAUUGUUAUAAAGAUAUAUUUCCACGAUCCCAAUGAAAGACCUGUUACGAUGUAUCACAUUCUAAAAUUGUUUCAUUCAGGUAAUACACAAGACAUAGGUAUAGAACAAAGUAAAGGUUUGGUGUCAGAAAGCUAUGAUGAGAUUAUUUUUCAAGAUCCUACACAACUCAUGCACCAUUUAUUGACAAAUGUAAAACACUUACCUGUAAGUCGAUGGGACCAUAAUACCAACUUUGAGGAGAAAAAGGAAAAAACACUGAAGUCCAUUUUGGAAGCUAAACAAAAAAUUAGAAACGAAAUUUUGAAUUUGAAGAACAAAUUGAAGUUGGCGAAAGAAACAAUUUCCUCUUUUAAAGAGGAAAUAGCUAAAUCUCAAGACAAUCAAUUUGUAAUGUAGUAUUAGUAUAAAAUUUGUAUAUGUAAAUUUAAUUAUUUUAAAUAAAUAUUUGUAUGUCUUUCUUAA